UUUUUCCUGGGGAACUAGGAUCUGGCCCCAACAUUGAGGGGCAAGCCUGGUCAAUGGUGGGGGGUGGGGCUGCAGCUGGUGGGGGCGGGGGAGAACAGAAUCUUCUCUCAGUUGCUGACUCCCUAGCUCAUCAGAGGAUGGAACUCUCAGGACAGUGGGGCGCACCGAUGCAUUCAGGAGUAGACCAGGGUCUCCAACAUCAAUUACAGCAUCUUCAACAACAGCAACAGCAGCAGCUUCAACAGCAACAGCUGAGCAUGAUGCUGGGACAGCACGGCGGUUUAGCUCCUCUUGUUGGCCAGCAGAUCUCCCAGCUCUCAUCAAUGCUUCCUGUUGGUUCACAACAUCAAUCUCCUCCAACCCUAAACAUGAUGCUGGGGAGUGGAGCUAAUAUUGCUGCCAUGUUCCAAGGACAUAACGGUAUGGCACCUGUUCAGUCCCCGCCCUCCUCCCAGGGUGGAGGACAAGGAUAUCUGCUGCUAGGAACAGCACAGCAUGGACAGAGACCAGGAGAGCAAGGAAUGCCUCCUGCAAUAUCUCCUAAUUCUACUCCGGGUAUUCAGAUGCCAGGACCUCCAGCUACUCCUCCAAUGGUUGGGGUAGAGAUGGGAGAUAGAAACAUGUACAUGGGGAAUAUGGGACGAAUGGUUCAUGGAAUUGACAAGUUCUCUGUAGAAGGUAUGGAUGAGAAUCAACAAUAUGCCUGGAAAGGAAUUCAAGGAGGAAUUUUGGCGGAGAUGUUUCCUAGCGUUGACAGACAAAUGCAACACUUUGCAGAUCCAAGAAUGCAGACGGGGGCUCAGGGACAGAAUAUGAAUCAUGCUGCCAUGGCCCAGUUUCAGGCUCAGGAGAAUAUGGUUCGGAUGCAACAGCAUCAACAGCAGCAACAACUUCAUCAGAAGCAGCACUACUCCCAACAAAUGCAGGGACAUCCUCAGAUGUUCCAGGAUAUGAGAGGAUUUUCUCAAAUUGUUCCUGCCCAGUCUCCUCCUGCUCCCAAUGGUAUGCAGUUUCACCAUGGAGGUCCUCCUGGGCCACGUCCUCGUCCUGUUGGUGGGGAUGAUUCAUCUCCUGGGUUUACUCCCGAGGUGCCAGCUCCACACGAGGCUGAAAAUCCUAAAGAUGAUCUUGUUAUCGGCAGCUGGAAUGAUGAGUGUGAGAAGGAAGGAGCUGGAAUUGCUCCGCCUGGGCCUCCGCCUCAGAUUCUGCAGAAUAUGAGUCAGCCUCCGCCGAAUCAAGUUCAUCGGCAAAACGAACCUUUCUUCGGAGGAAACUUUCAUCCUCCGAACAACAAUAGAGGAGGGUGGGGACAAACUAUGGAGGAAGAGCAGUUUUCAGCUGAUGGAAGCAACCGAGGGAAGCAUCAUGAUUUCAGAGGCAGGGGACGCGGAAACAAGAUGGAUAUGGUAAGUCGACAUGAUGAGAAUGAGAACAAUCGAUCAGCUGGAACUUUCAGGGGUAGAGGUAUGUCUCGAGGAGGUAGAGGUAGCUUUGGUUACGGUCGGAUUGUAGACCAGGAUAAAUCUGAGGGGAAAAACGCCGCCAUCGAGGAAACUAAAGCUUUGAUGCUGAAAAUGAGGUUGGAAGAUAAGGAACUCAUUGACCGGCACAAGAAGGAGCACGGGAUAACAGAUGAAAACGAUGAAAAUUCUAAAUCUGAAGCACCAGAGGUUCAGCCUGGUGCGUACAGACCGCGAGAGAAGCGAGGACGAGAUGACCGCAAAGACGCUCAGAGAGCUCGAGGAGGACGGGGCCGAGGAGGACGAGGGAUGCCCCCUCAUAUGCCUGGUAUGGCUGGAGCUCCUGCUCCUCUGUUUGGAUUACAUCAUGGAGGUUCAGACUUUAGAACUCCUCCUUUCCCUGGUCUUGAGGGAUUCUUUCCGCCGCAGGCAAUGGGACACUUUCCACCUGGUUUCCCGCCUCACCUAGGUCCCGGAUUUCCUCCAGGAAUUAUCCCGGGAGGUAUGAGAGGUCGUGGAUUCCCUCGAGGUCGAGGGUUUCCUGCUGGUUUCCCGCCUAGAGGCUUCCCGCCUCCAAUGAUUGGUGCACGUGGAAUGCGAGGGAUGCGAGGACCGUAUCAAGGAGGGGGUCGAGGUCGUGAUCGGGGAAGAGGAGGAGGAGGGGGAGGACCUGAGCCGGGUGAUGGAGCGAGUACUGAAGAACCACCUUCUGAAGAUAAUCCUCUUCUGAGUGCUAUCAACAAACCUAGUGUAGAGACGGAUACACAGGCUGCUGUCGUGGAAACUGACGAGCCGUCAAAAAACUUGUUUAGCGAGCAGGGAACCUACGAGGGCCAGCUGGCCCUGCUCGCUGGAGCCGACCUUAGGGUCAGGCUGACCGAUCAGCUGGUCCGCGGUCAGACCGAGUGCAUGGUCUGCCUUGACAGAGUUAGGCAAACUCAUGCAACUUGGGACUGUCACAAUUGCUUCCAAAUUUUCCAUCUCAAUUGUAUAAAGAAGUGGGCUAAGACCGCCCGAACUGAGUCUGGGGGCUGGAGGUGCCCUGGAUGUCAAUCUGUUACCUCCAUCGGUCCCUCGGAGUACCGCUGCUUCUGUAGAAAACUCCGGAACCCGGACUGGAACCGGAACGAAGGUCUGGUUCCUCACUCCUGUGGAGAAGUAUGUGGAAGGAAAAGAUCAGAUCCGUGUUCUCACUCCUGUAAGGAGCUCUGCCAUGCUGGACCCUGUCCAACCUGCACUGCUACUAUACUGAUAACCUGCCCUUGUGGAAAAGAGAAAACUAGAAUGAAGUGUGGCGAGGAAUUUACUUGUGAGGGAGUUUGUGGAAAGAAAUUAAACUGUGAGGAACAUGAAUGUCAGGAUGUUUGUCAUCAAGGUCCUUGUUAUGAUUGUCUUAAGGUCUUCAAUCAAGUAUGCUACUGUGGGAAGAGUGUACGUGAAGUAGUAUGCAGUAAAGAAACUGUUGGAGUAACAAACUACGAGUGUGAGAACAUGUGUGAGAAGUCCCGCGACUGUGAGCUCCAUCAAUGCGAUUCUCCAUGUCAUCCCGGAGUCUGUGAACCCUGUCUACUCACCCCUAGUAGAGUUACAACCUGUCCCUGCGGACAAACCCCCCUGGAGAAGUUGUAUGAAAGGGACGGAUUAUCUCCGCGUGAGAACUGUUUGGAUCCUGUUCCUACUUGUGGUAUGACUUGUAGUGCUAAACUCCCGUGUGGAAACCUGGCAAGUCCUCACACCUGCUCUUCAGUUUGUCACACAGGUCCCUGUCCGACAUGUCCUAAGAACACCCUGGUAAGGUGUAGGUGCGGAUAUAUGGAUAAGGAGAUACCGUGCUGUGAGUUGACCGGUAGACCUGAUGAUGCUAGAUGUGAGAAGAGAUGUCAGAAGAAAAGAUCCUGUGGUCGGCAUAAGUGUACCCAGCUCUGCUGUAUAGAGAUAGAACAUGAAUGUAAUCUUAUCUGCGGAAAACUUCUCACCUGUGCCCUACACAGAUGUGAAGAUCUGUGCCACCGUGGGAACUGUAAAACCUGUCCUCGUGUUAGUUUUGACGAGCUCCACUGUAGUUGCGGAGCAGCAGUCCUGUAUCCCCCGGUAGCCUGUGGAACUAGGCCCCCGGAAUGUAAGGAACCCUGCAGCAGGAUUCAUCCUUGCUCUCAUACCGUUACACAUUCUUGUCAUAGCGAGGAUAAUUGCCCUCCCUGUACUCAACUCAUUGUCAAGCGGUGCUAUGGUGGACAUGAAGAGAGGAAGAAUGUUGCUUGUCUGGUGGAAGGAAUAUCAUGCGGAAAACCGUGUGGAAAACCUUUAUCUUGUGAAAACCAUUCCUGCAUCAAGAUCUGUCACGCAGGAACUUGUCUUACCGGAGAUAUCUGUACUCAACCCUGCACCAGGAGCAGGAGCUGUGAACAUCCCUGCGCUCAACCCUGUCAUACUGGGGUUUGUCCUGAUACAGUCUGUACUACUCAGGUUCGGUUAACCUGCGAGUGUGGGAACCGAACUGCCAGCCUACCCUGCUCCGAUAACUCCUAUAGUAGGGUUACUACAGCUCUUCUUGCUACCCGGAUGCAGGACGUGCAAGCAGGAAAUACUGUUAGUCUCAAGGAAUUAUCUAAGAGCAACAGGAAGUUAGAAUGCUCCGAGGAGUGUUCCAAACUUGAACGUAACAAGAGAAUAGCGCUAGCACUACAGAUUAGAAACCCGGAGCUCAGUGCUAAAAUCACUCCCCGCUACUCCGACUUUAUGAAGGAUUAUGCUAAAAGAGAUCCUAAGUUCUGUUCAACGAUCCAUGAUGAGCUGGCAAAAUUGGUUCAGCUUGCGAAGGAGUCUAAACAGAAGAGUCGGAUCAAAUCCUUUGAUUGUAUGAACAGAGAGAAGAGACAAUUAGUUCAUGAGUACGCUGAACACUUUGGCUGCGAGUCGGAGUCCUUUGAUGCUGAACCUAAGAGAAAUGUUGUUGCUACUGCUUCACGAGACAAGUCCUGGCUGCCAGCAAUAUCUUUGCUAGACUUUGUCCAGAAAAUGAAGAAGGUCCCAGCUCCCGUCAGUAGUACUGAGACGGUUUCUCCCGUAUUUACUUCUCUCUCAAAAGUAGAACCAGUUGCACCAAAGGAGAAGAUCGAUUGGUUUGAUUAAUCCCACCUUGUAGCCUGGCUCCUUGUUCACCUCCAGACCUGGAAACAUCAAACCUGAUCUAUCUAGGCUUCUGUUCUAAUUCAAACAUGGAUAAACAAUAAGGCUCCUCCUGCAAGAACGUGUUUCAAGUUUGAAUUUAACUUUCAAACAAUGUCGAGACAUAAUCCAGUGUUAAACUUGUUGCUAUCCGAUCUUUUUAUCCCUUCGCUCCCGUUCCUUUAUGUUUCUUAUUCCGAAUGAAGAAACUAAAAUCAGAUUUGAGAAAAAUGUUUGGGAAUAUUUUUAGUGAUGAAAAGUCGGGAAUGUUUGAACUGAAUCGUGAGAAUCUAUAAUUUAACCAAUAUUUACUUGAAGUAUGAGGGAAAGGGCAGGUUGUAUUGAAAGUAGAUUUAACCCUCUACUCUUAACCAUACAGUGCACUUCCCUCCCAAACUAUUAUUUGUCUUGGUUUAAUUUCACUUAUCGCCUCAAUUUUUCUUUCUUUGCAAUGUCUCUGCAAAAACUAUCAAACUUUUUCAUCUUUAACCCAUAUAAUUUAAUAUAAAACUAAAAUUUGAUUAACGAAAUCUUAAUUUAAAAAUAAUUGUAUGAAGAGUCUCGAUUUUCGGAGACUUGAGAAACGCAUUGCAUUACGGUAAUAGUUGAUAUUUACUGUGCUAAGGUUUUGGUUAAGGGAUACAUCCGUUUGAUUUGUCCUCGUACCUUUUUAACGUUUUUAAUUUGCCUUGCGUUAUUAUUCUUGAAUCAGUUAAAAUUCUAAAAAAAAUGUCGUUGCUUAAAAAUAUUAUUUUGUUGCUAGGGUUACCUU